AUACUUCAUUCAUGCUGUUGCAAAAAUGUCUGAAUGUUCUGAUUGUGCCAAGUCAUGUCUCUCUUCAACCCUCAUACUACUCCCAGUCCCAGGCGCUCCAUUUCUGUGUCAGGUAGCAAUGGUUCCAUCCCCAAAUUCCCCACAGACCCCUUGUUUCCCUCAGGGCUUAUAUUGGUUGUUGGAUGAUCAACUAUAUGAUGGCUCCUGGAGUCUUCCUAAUCGCCAUCCCUUGUUAACUAAAGAUGCUAUAUCUUCUACAUUAGCAUGUGUCCUUGCACUGAGACAAUGGGGUAUUGGUGAGGAACAAAUGGAAAGAGGCCUCCAAUUUAUUGAAUCAAAUUUUGCUUCAGUUAAAGAUAAGAAUCAAUAUACUCCUAUUGGAUUUGAAAUAAUAUUUUCUGCUAUGAUUGAAUAUGCUAAAGAUUUGAAUUUGAACCUCCCUUCGAGAUCAACAGAUAGAGAUGCUCUGCUCCCAAAAAGAGAUUUAGAGCAUCAGCGGAAGAAUGGAUCGCUAUUCAAUUCACCAUCAAUGACGGCAGCUGCUCUUGCUUACCUUCAGAAUGAUGCUUGUCUUUAUUACCUCCAUACAGUCCUACAAAAGUUUGGAAAUGCAGUUCCUACAAUUUAUCCUUUCAAUAUACAUGCUCAUCUUUGUAUGGUGGAGACUGUUGAAAGUUUGGGAAUCAAUUGGCAUUUCAGGGAGGAAAUCAAUAAUGUAUUGGAUGAAAUAUACGGAUGCUGGCAGCAGGGACAGGAAGAUAUAUUUUUAGAUCUGGCCACUUGUGCAAUGGCAUUUCAGAUAGUACGCAAUAACAGAUACAAUGUCUCUUCAGCCCCUACCCUUGCCCUUCAUUGCUGGGGAGGGAUUGCUUAUGCUGCAGAGGGUUCUUUAUUCAACCAAAGUCCAGAUAUAAUGUUGGCUGGCUACUUUUGUAUUGCAGUGGUUGGAUGUGCUCUACCCUAUGAUGCAAGAGGACCAAUUGUCCUCCCAGCACUGUAUUUUGUAGGGCCUAGGCUCUCGGAGGAGGUUGUUAAAAGCACCGAGUAUAAUGAUCUUUUUAAGCUGGUUGGCACUUGUGGCAUCUUCUCAAUGAUAGUCGGAGCUUCAAGAGAAUCCAAGCAAGGCAAAUUGAAUGCUGUGCCUUUACGCAUGAUUCAUGGUCCUGCUGAUGUUACUGAAGAAGACACCAUCAAAGAGAUAAAUAGUUACAUUCAUGACAGGACAAGAGAAUUGCUAAUAUUAGAUUUGCAAGGAAAUGGCAGCAUGGUUCCCAGAGCUUGCAAGGAUUUGUUCUGGAACUUGUGCAAAGUGAUGCAUCUCUUUUACAUGAAGGAUGAUGGCUACAACUUCGCAUGAAAUGAUCAAUGUUGUUAAAGCAGUCCUGCAUGAACCCAUUUCCCUUAAUGAACUUGAACUAAGAAGAACAUAAUUUCCUUUUCUCAGAUGGUGAAAUAGUAAGUGUGCUUUAAUAUAUUUGUCUGUGGAUG